AUGCGUCUCGUUCACGCCGUGCUCCUGCCUGGCCUCGUCGUCUUCCUGUCCGAGGUGACUCUGCUACAAGCCCAUGCACUUCGUGGCGAUGCGGCGGGCGAUCCGCCGAGUGGCCUUCACGACAUUGAGGCUAAAGCGGUCGCCGACAACGAAAGUCGAAUGGGUAGAGCCGAUGUUAUGAGAGCGGUCUCCAAUCGUCUUACUGACGCGGGGCUCACUGGUGAUAGUCAUAGCAGUGUAAUGCUCGCGGUGAAAGACCACCUCUAUAGACUGAAAUCUCCUCGUGAUACAAUUGUUGAUGUAGUCAACCGGUGGAUGCAUUCCAAUCACCAUUUCAAGGCCGGCGAGCUUGAUAAGUAA